GCGGGAGUCCGUUCCCGAAAGCCCUCGCUUCUGGACUACCACACUUCCGGGCACUGCUUCUCUUCCGCCUGCCGGGCCGAGUUCCAUGUUGAGCCCGGAUGCUGCGGGUGCUGCGUGGCUUGCGGGGCGUGGCGUUGCACACAUCUUGGUCUGCCUGGACGAGCACCUUCGGUCAAGCCUGUCUUCCCGACACAGCGACUGCCGAUGAGGGAGUUCCCGAGUUGAGUGUCCCAGCGAUGGCUACUCCCUGGAGGUGCGCCCUGUUGAUGAUCCUGUUGUCCCAGGUGGUGACCCAGGUAAAAUGCAUGGAAGACGACGACGUCCCGGAGGAGUGGCUUCUUCUGCACGUGGUCCAGGGCCAGAUAGGAGCUGGGAAUUACAGCUACUUGCGGUUGAACCACGAGGGUAAAAUUAUUCUCAGGAUGCAGAGCCUCAGGGGGGAUGCGGACCUGUACGUGUCCGACAGCACUCUGCACCCAAGCUUCGACGAGUAUGAGCUGCAAUCGGUCACUUGCGGCCAGGAUGUGGUCUCUAUACCGGCGCACUUCCAGCGCCCGGUGGGGAUAGGAAUUUAUGGACACCCAUCACACCAUGAAAGCGACUUUGAGAUGAGGGUAUACUCUGACAGAACUGUGGAUCAGUACCCAUUUGGAGAGGCUGCCUAUUCUGCUGACCCUACAGGAGCCAGUCAGAACCAAGCUUAUGCUCCAGAGGAGUCAGCUCAAGAAGAGGAGUCGGUCCUCUGGACGAUAUUGAUUAGCAUUUUGAAAUUGGUGCUCGAAAUUCUCUUCUGAACCCUUAUCUGCACGGAGCAAUUAGUUUGCUGUGGACCUUGCUACUUGACCUGGUGAAAUUCUGGUUCCUUUUUCUAGACUAGGAUGGAAAAAUAAAGCCAUACAGUUUUGUUACCUCAAUUUACUCCCCAACAAGAAAAGCAGCAAGCACAAUAUUUUAGAGGUUAAAAUUCCUAUAAAAAGGAGUCUGCUCAAUAAAAUGUUUAAA